AUGCUUUACCCACUCAUGCUUUGCGUCCACUUCAUCUCUCGUCAGCCAACCGGUCGUCAGCUUCAUUCGGACUCCAAACUCUUCAACCAUCCACACCGACUGGGUCGUUCCACUCUCGCUCUGCUUCCGCCACCCUCUCCUCCGCCGCCGCUCAUUUCGCCGCAAAUGACUUUCACACGAUUCUUCGAGCCCUCCUUCGACAACCUGUCGAAUCCGGCACAAAUGCUAUGGCCCGGCAACGGUGACGCAGAUCUACUUGGCCUGACCAAUCUGGGUCCCGGAUGGAUUCAAGCGAUGAACGAAGUACCAAUCAACAGACGUGAAGCGAUCAACCUUUUGGGUUAG